CGCUGACGUCGCGCAGCCUCGUCCGGGCCGCCGCCGCCAUUGGAGUCCGGUCCCCCCAGCUCGUCCGCCCCUGCCUGCUGCCCGCCCGCGCUGCCCGCCCGCCCACGCCCGUGGACUAAGUGGCGGGGUCUGGGGCCACGCGCGCGGAGUGACAAGCCCGGCCUCGCGGGAAGCCCGAGCCGGCGGGCGCCCCGGCCCCGCGCGGUGCUGUUCAUGAAGCAUGUCGGCCACCAGCGUGGACCCUCAGAGAACAAAAGGACAAGAUAAUAAAGGUGAGCAUCUUGUUUUAAGAUCUCCACACUAGCUGAGUUUUUUGGAGGCUCCCUGCUCUGUUUGCACCAGUACAAAAUGGUUCUUUGCAUCAGAAGGAUACAGUUCAUGACAGUGACUUUGAACCCUACCUUUCUGGUCAGUCCAAUCCGAAUAACAGUUAUCCCUCGAUGAGUGAUCCCUACCUGUCCAGCUACUACCCGGCAUCCAUUGGAUUUCCUUACUCCCUCAAUGAGGCACCGUGGUCCACUGCAGGAGACCCUCCAAUUCCGUACCUGACUACCUAUGGACAGCUCAGUAAUGGAGACCAUCAUUUUAUGCAUGAUGCGGUUUUUGGGCAGCCUGGGGGCCUGGGGAACAACAUCUAUCAGCACAGGUUUAAUUUUUUCCCCGAAAAUCCUGCAUUCUCAGCAUGGGGAACAAGUGGUUCUCAAGGGCAGCAGACUCAGAGCUCAGCAUAUGGCAGCAGUUACACCUAUCCACCCAGCUCCCUGGGUGGCUCGGUCGUUGACGGGCAGACGGGCUUUCACAGUGACACGCUCAGCAAGGCUCCUGGGAUGAACAGCUUGGAGCAGGGCAUGGUUGGCCUGAAGAUUGGGGAUGUCACUACCUCUGCUGUCAAGACAGUAGGUUCAGUUGUCAACAGUGUGGCAUUGACAGGUGUCCUUUCUGGGAAUGGUGGGACAAAUGUAAGCAUACCAGUUUCAAAACCAACCUCUUGGGCUGCCAUUGCCAGCAAACCUGCAAAACCCCAGCCUAAAAUGAAAACAAAGAGCGGGGCUGUGAUAGGGGGGGCACUGCCACCUCCACCCAUAAAACAUAACAUGGACAUUGGUACCUGGGACAACAAGGGACCUGUGCCAAAGGCACCAGCCCCUCAACAGGUACCGGCCCCCCCAUCUGCCCCACAGUCCCAGCCGGUGGCUCAGCCUCCCCCAGCUCAGCCUCCAGUUUUGGCCCAGCCACAGUAUCAGAGCCCUCAGCAGCCACCCCAGACUCGCUGGGUUGCCCCUCGGAAUAGAAAUGCAGCAUUUGGUCAGAGUGGAGGGGCCAACAGUGAUUGUAACUCAUCUGCAAAUGCCCAGCCUCAUUCUGCCCCCAGUGUCGAAUCCCACCCCAUCCUUGAGAAACUGAAAGCUGCCCACAGCUACAACCCUAAAGAAUUUGACUGGAAUCUUAAAAGCGGGCGGGUGUUCAUCAUAAAGAGCUACUCGGAGGAUGACAUUCACCGCUCCAUCAAGUACUCCAUUUGGUGCAGCACGGAACAUGGCAAUAAGCGCCUGGACAGCGCCUUCCGGGCCAUGAGUAGCAAGGGGCCGGUCUACCUGCUCUUCAGUGUCAAUGGGAGUGGGCAUUUCUGUGGCGUGGCUGAGAUGAAGUCCCCUGUGGACUAUGGCACUAGUGCUGGGGUCUGGUCUCAGGACAAAUGGAAGGGAAAGUUUGACGUGAAGUGGAUUUUUGUCAAAGAUGUGCCCAAUAACCAGCUCCGGCACAUCAGACUGGAGAACAACGACAACAAACCAGUCACAAACUCCCGAGACACACAGGAGGUGCCCUUAGAAAAAGCAAAGCAAGUAUUGAGAAUUAUUGCUUCCUAUAAGCACACAACCUCCAUCUUUGAUGAUUUUUCUCACUAUGAGAAGCGCCAGGAGGAGGAGGAGGUGGUGCGCAAGGAGCGGCAGAAUCGAAACAAACAAUGAGGACAAGCCAGUGUCUUCUGUGGUUCACUGUUGGUUUUGAAAACGGUUUAAAGCUGUAUGCCGGGUGCUGCCCCUGGUGUCAGCUCCAGUGCAUCAUCCUUGUGCGAGACUGAGUGUUUCAUCUUUACCUUCUUGACAGUUCAUUUUUGCUGAUAGAUCUGUGUUCAUUUGUAUUUUUUCUAUGUAUUAUAAUACUGUAGAACUCACUAAUAAAAGAAUAUUUUUUGUCAGCUUAUCAGACCUAAUGCGAAAUACAAAUAUCUUUAAAAACAAAAAAUCUAAUACAUCCCAAAGAUUUUUUUUUUAUUUUGGCAGAAAUUAUGUUCUUAUUCUUAUAUCCAAUCAUUUAAUAUUUCUAUAGGAUACUUCAGAGUUUUUACCCCUUUACUUUAGAGUAUACUGUUGGAAUCUCCUCACAGUACUGAAAUCAGAAGGUCAGUGAUUGCCCCGUCGGGCUGGUUCACCAUUUUUAUGGUUCAUGCUCUCUCAAACGCUGAUCUGCCAUUAGUUUUCCUGCUAGGCAGAAAGGUAGAUUUUAGUUGUUCAAAUGUGACUACAGUUGCCCUCGGAAGGUCAGCGCUCUGCGGUGUGCUGCCCACUCAGCAGCUGCACCGCCCCUCACUGCCUGCUGUCCACGGCUGCCGAGGGUUUGGAAGGUGUUUGAGGUCUGCUUCUGUGUGUGUGUUCCUCGUUCUUUGCACAUCGUUUUUAAUUUGCCCCUUUCUUCACUUGAUAAUCAUAAUGCUGUCCUAAGUUUUUUUUUUACUAAUAAUGCUGAGCUUUAAAUGUAGGCUCUGAUAAUGCAGUGUGAUGGACGAUGCUGUUGACAAAUACUAUGUGUGCAUCUUGAUUUUUCUUUUCCUGUUGAACAGUUUAAAAAAGCAAAACACAAAAAAUCCCUUGAGGAAAUAAUUUGCUGUCACAUGUUGUGGAAUGAGGGGCUGUUAAGGAGCUGCCCGCAGUUGGAGUUUAGCAUGCAAGCGGCGCUCGUGCCCCCUGCCCUCGCACACAGAUCUGCACGCACCCACAGUAGAGAGGAUCCUUGCGUCUUAGAGAGCAGAUGCCUCCCAAACUAUUUACUCCAGAAGACCCUCUGAGUUAAAGCUGAAGCUGUAUUCUUUAGACUUGUAUUUAGAAUGUGUCACCUCCUCUGAGCUGUUACUGCCUGUGCAGAGUCCUGGACAGCGCCGGAUUGCUGUCCCCUAGGAGAAUACAAGCCUUAAUAAACACACCUGUUAGCAA